UGAAAUGCUUAAUUACGUAAGUAUGCACGAUGCAUACGUAAACUCGCAUACGUAAACACGUGUACAUAAAAAAUUUUACGUGCAUUAUCUCGUUUGAUCAUUAUAUGUACUACCUCGCAACAUGGUCUUUGGUUUCUUCGAAUGUUCUAUAUAAGGUUCCAUUAGAUUUUUCGAUAAUUAAUUAAAGAAAAAAGAUGCUAAUCGCUAGGAAGAAUUCGAAAUGAGAAAUAAAAGAUUAUACUGCUGGAAAAUAACAUCGAAAAUAUGAUAUACAUUGCACGCAUGCACGUGUACAAUUGCGUUUGACAGCGCAGCGACCUAGCAUUACCUUGCCUAUUGAACAAUCAAGAGUAACGCACGUGCUAAUAUUUAGAAAUUUGUUAGAAAUUUGUUAAAACAGUUUGUUAAUACAUUUUAUCAAUUGUUAAAUUAACGUGCAUUUACUAAUGACGUGCAUGUGAUUAAUGCACAUGUUGCGUAUGAUUAAUAGUUUCUUGCCGUUUUUUAUUGGUCAUAUUUCGAUUCAUAUAACCUAAAAUAUGGUUCGGUUUAAAAACAGAUAUAUAGUGUGUGAAAUAACCGUUGGUGAUAAAUCCAAGAAACCUAUGCAAUUAAAAGUUACAACUUUGCACAAUGCUAUUCAGCAGAAAGUGCAACAAUUGUACGGCGAUUUUGGAGUUGCAGCGAUAAAAGCUGGAUUUAGUGCAAAAUAUUGCAAUGCACACACAAAACUUGCAAUAGUAAAAAGUAGACAUGGUCCCCACAAGUUUUUGUUAAAUGCCAUCCCAACUAUUAACGAUGUUGCAGGGCGUUUGGUAUCUGUAAAAAUAUUUUAUGUGAGUGCAACAAUAAAACAUUGUUUUCUUUUUAUUAAAGUAAGUAAAACCGUCAAAUUAUAUAAGAAUCCGCAUCACAAGGUGUCUGCUGUAAAACUAAAUAAAUUCCAACAACAAAAGCUUGAACAAGCAUGGAACACUCUUAAGACUGAGACUGAACGAAAAAAUAUGAAGGAUGCAUUAAUGACUCUAACACCAGCCAUGAAAAAC